ACGUUGUGCUCAUAAAAAGCAGCAAAUGUUUCACUAAUUGUUUGCUAAUUAUUAUGAUUUAGUGCUUCAAUCGACUCAUUAUUUAUUUAUUAGUCAUUGAUUUGAAUAUUGCUUUUGGUUUACACGUUGUGUUGAGACAGUCAUCGCGAACCACAAUCUAAUUGAUCCCAUCAUCGCGUGAAUGUCUUGACGGCUGUCAAUGUAAACCACGUUAUAAUCGCCGCAUAAAUCCAUAUAUUAAUAAUAAUUUAAUACAAAACUGAUUCACAUUUUAUUUAUUAAUAAUAUAUUUGUAAUAAAUUUUGUGUUUAAAUAACCGGUGAUUAUGUCGUCGUCGCCGUCGAGUCGUCGCAACAGAUCCAGCGAUGUCUCCAAUCGGAGGCAUAGGACCGAUGAUAGCGACCACCACUACGAGGAGAAGGAUGACGGCUCGGAGUUCAACACUCGAGGUCACGGGCCGCCGAAGAUCGAGGGGAUGGUGUCUCUGAAGGUCGAUAACAUCACUCAGAGGACGGGAGUGAAUCUCCUGAAGAAAGUGUUUUCCAAGUUUGGAGAUUUGGGUGAUAUUUAUGUCCCGCGAUAUCCGGAUACGUUCGCCAGCCGUGGCUUCGCUUUCGUCCGCUAUUACCGCAAACGAGACGCCGAGGAAGCGAUGCGCGCCAUGAAUGGCGAGCGUCUGGACGGACGGAUACUGUCGAUACAAAUGGCGCGAUACGCCCGACCCAACUCCAAACCGGACAAACACGUGUCCUCUAAACGCACUCAUCAUUACAGCUCAGACCUGAGGAGGAAUGGUGACAGCGGUAGCCGUUCCUCAUACCGGCGCUCCGGAUAUAGCGAUCGCUUCUCGAGGCGCCGGCGUUCGCGCUCCCGAUCCCCGUCCAGAUCCAGAGACAAACGGAAGUCCGAACGGCACGGACGGAGUCGCAGCGGAAGCAAAGAGCGCUCGAAGAAGAGGAGCUCCCGAUCGCGGUAUCGAUCAAAAAGUAAGAGUCGAUCGCGAAGUCGGUCGCGGAGUAAGAGUAGGAGUCGGUCGCGAAGUCAUAGUACAAGUAGUUCUAAAAGUAACGAAGACGUGAAGACU